AAUUGAAGAGCAAAGAUGGUGGGUAUUUUUUCUAGGUUAUCAUCUGGCAGGAUUGGGCACAGGAGGAACCGAAGCGCAGCGGACGCAAGGCAAACGUUGGCACAGAAUGUGGAGGUUUUAAGUCCAGCUCCAGCCUCUACAACCUGUGGAAUUGCGACAUCAGCUGAGUUAAAGCCUGUUGAGCAACCAAUCGAGGUUGUUGAUUAUGAUCAACCAGUUAAAUGCCCAGUACAAGAACCUUCAAUUCUAAAUGAUGGAAGAAUAUGGGAAGAACGGAGAUCUUCUGUAAGUUCUAGAGUGAGGAGUGACUUGCCGAUGGCAAAAGAAGGAUCAAACCUUGAAUCUGAUGCCAGAAUUUAAUGUGGAUCAAGAUCAGAAUGCUGGAUAGAGAAGUUAGGACUUCAAACACUACCCAUAUUUAUCUGUUUCAGUUUAUACUUAUUUAUUCUUUGAGUAUCUUAUUUAUAAUGGUUCGUUUGUAUAAAGAAAUUUCACGGUCUUGUUGAUUUUUCUGCUGUAUUCUUUAGGUUUAUCUCUAUCUUGUUCACUACUACAGCUGGUUUGUACACAUGGCAUUUGUUUAUGUUAAUUGUCAGCUACCAAGUAGGUCUAUUUAUGACUAAUACCACCUACAAAGGACAUUUAGCUUUGGUCAUUUGAGUUCACAUCUUUCCCAACUACUUAACUAGUAUAUCCCAACCAAUGAGUGUACCAUUUCUUUAAAAACAUCUGUAAAUGGUUUUACUGCUGGAAACUUUCUUAUCUUCUGAUGAGUUUCUAGUGCAGGUUAACCAACAUGAUGUUCACUCACUACUCUUAGGAUGGUUGUUAUCAAAACUGAAUGUAAUCAAACUGUACCUUAUAAAUUGCGCUCGUUACUGAUGGACAUUUUUAUUCCUAUUGAUCUAGGGUGUGCCUAAAGUCUCUCAUCAAAAUGAUCUGCCAGUUGUUAUCCAACAUUGAAAAUAAAUCAUGUUAUCUAAUUUUCCUGAAAAUGACCAUCUUGAAUGUUACAUCCAGGCUUGUAAACGUAAACUAUCAGUGUGUUUUAUCGAUAGUAAAUCGAAACACACCAUGCUAAGAUGUGCCAAGAUGCCUCUUGUUGGUCCUUGAGAAAAUAUUGAAGCUUUUGUAAGGCGAGUAAACCAUCUUCUCAUUUUUUGUUUGUUGAUGUCUUGCAGGAAAAUUCAAAUC